AUGCGAUCUUUGCAGGCUUCCACGCUAUUUUCAAUACUGACAGCUGUCGCUAGCCUCUCUGCCGAACCUCAAAGACUCUCACGACCAUAUCCGCUGACCGCCUCGCUGGAAGAACCGCGAAGGAAAGUUCAUUCCGUGGAAUUUACUUCCGCCUUUGCACCUUCCGCACAGCGGCGUCAAGCCCGAAAGCGGAGAAAAUUACGGAGACCGCCGGCGGUGGAUUCGACCCUCUUGCGCUUUCUCGACGAGGAACGUCGUCUGCAGCAACAGGAAAGGCCUCCGCGGCAGCGCACGCCAAACGUGGAAAAUAGCGAAACAUCCGGCCGUACAUUGUUUUAUCCCGAAGGGAUUCUGCGGAACAGCACAGCCGAAUUUGAUGUAGUAUCAGACUCGGGAUAUAGAAACGGAUCAGCAACAACGACUGGUUCCUGGGAGGAGACAUUCCCACUGAUCGGGAAUGUGGUAACCGCAUUAGCAAGUUACAGCUCCACAAAUUCGCUAGAAAAUACGGUGAGGGAUACUUUCCUUCCAGAAAGGGGGGCAGACAUAGACGAAACACUGCUGCUACCAAAGGAUUCCUGGUUGGGGCAGUACAACCGUAAUCGUGUGGCAGCUGUCUUGAAGAGCAAAGCUAUCGGUGACUUAGGCGACAAUCUGGCGCUACAGGCGGGUCAGCGAGUGCAGUCUCAGGCGCUUGCACGGACGGCCCGACGGAGAGUCCGAGAUUUUUUGAAACAACGUGAUCAAGUAUGGUCUGCUAACGGCCACGAUAGUGCGAAAGAAAAAGCUCCUCCAUUGCCGACCGCAAACAGCUUGGAAGGGAAUUCCGAAACCUCGCCUGAUCCUUGCGUUAUGAGAAGUAAUGUCGGUCGUGCGCGAUCCACUGCUUAUUCAUUUGAAGAGACGAUUGAUGUCUUUUUGGCUUAUGGGCUCACGGUUAAGGACGUGGCGGAGGUCUUAACGCACUCACCUGGAAUUGCUCUCAUGCGACCUACACGCAAAGAAAACAGCAACGGGGAGUCGCUUGAAGAGACUCUCGAGCGUGUACUUACCCAACUGCUCUGUGGCACUCUUCAGUUGCGCAGAUAUGACGCUCGGAAGGUUUUGCGCAACAGUCCUGGUUUACUUACCAUGCGGGGUUCGCAGGCGGCUGCCAACGUCGUGCAAUUGGUUUCCCAGCUCGGUCUUUCCACCAACGCGCUGGCUCGUGACAAGGCAGCCUUACCCACAAUGCUUUCGCGAUCCCCCGACGCAAUUUUUCGGCUCGUCGCGUUUCUAUCCAGUGAUGCAGUUAGGAUGCCAGUAGACAAGAUUGGUCCUCUUUUGCGGAAACCUAGCUGCCAUGAAUUGUUGGACGUGGUGGCGCCGGUAACGCGGCACCAAGACAGUGAAGAAGACCAAGAGGAUGACGACCUGAUCCGUGAUAUCACAAGUACCGACCCCAACGUCGUGUCCGCUCUGUGGGGACGCAGCAGUCAGUUGCGCCGGAUUCGUAUCAAUCAAGUAUAUAAGGACAUGACAGACACUGCUUGGACGCUCCGCCACGAAAUUGGGACGGAAGAUUUGGGCAAAGUCAUUGCGGCCUACCCCGCAGUGCUGUUGCUAGACGCUAAAACCGAAAUUCUCCCCACCGCACGCUACCUUAUGGAGGAACUUGGUAUUUGGGAGGAUGAUUUACCCCGCGUGUUACAAUUAUAUCCGGCGUUACUAGGAAUGAGAGUGCACGAUAUGGAACGGGUAGUCGAGUAUCUGGUAUCGCUCGAAGUGGCGCCUGAGAACUUGGCUAGUAUCUUUCGGUCCUUUCCAUCCUUGCUAACCUUGGACGUGGAGGCUGAUAUGCUGCCGGUCGUAAACUUUUUGCGGUCUGUCGGCAUUUCAAAUGUGGGACGGUUUGUUUCUCGUUUACCACCCGUGUUGGGAUAUUCAGUGGAAAAAGAUUUGCAACCCAAAUGGCGGUACCUGGAAAGUGUCGUUACGGACCCUCGUUUUGAAGUUUCUAAAUUCCCCGCUUAUUUUUCCUACCCUCUCGAACGCGUGAUUCAAACGCGUUUUGAAUAUCUGCAGCAAGUCAAGAACAUUCCUACACCGCUCGUGGCUUUGGAUCACGUCUUGCGUUUUGGCGACAAGGAUUUUAGUGUAAAGGUAGCGGGUGACCGGGACGACGGUUCAGCCUUCCGAAGCUACACCCAAACCCGGCAAAAGGAACGUGCUACACAAGGACGUAGUCCGAAACGGGGGCAGCGAGAGCCGUCGCGGUCGUCAGAGCCGUCGCGGCCUAUUCGCACUGAUAUCUCCGUGAUAUCAACCAAUCUUGGGACGAUCUUGUGA